GGCGCAUCUACGGGUCCGACGUGCGUGGUCUCUCUUCACUUGGUUCAGCAGCGGGCGUGUCUUCGGCGGCUGUGGCAGGCGUCACGGUGUGGGGGCAGAACGAUUCCCAGAGAUGGACGUUCGCGGCAGCGGGCACGGUCUGCGCGAAGAGGAGAUCAACGCGGUGGCAAUGGCGGUUACUGCCGUCGUCGUGAACACAAUGGGCGGCAUGUCGUCGUCCUCAAGCGACAUGCUGACUCAGCUCCGAAAACGAAGAGCGUUGUUGCAGCGCAUUGCCGAAGCGCCGGAUUGCGUGGCCACGUGUAAGGCAGUCGUUCAGUUGUGUGUCGUGCUGUCAUCUGUCAUUUUCCCGCGGCAGACCCUGCGUUGGUGGAUUAAACGACGGAUUGGCGGAACAUGGGAGGAUCUCCGCCUCUGUGAUAACGCGAUAGACGAGUACUACCGACAGAAGUUUCGCAUGUCGAUGGCCAUGUUCAGGCAAAACGUAGCCGCGUGCGCCGCGUAUGUGGAGAAGAAGGUGACGCACUAUAGAAUGUCAUUGCCAGUGGAGCAGGUGAUCGCUUUCACGUUGUACAGGUGGGCAUCAGGAGAGACGUACAAGAGCGGCGCGUCAGCCUUCGGCAUCGGCAGGGCAACUGGACUGCAGUCUAUUCUGCGCGCAUUCGGUGACAAGGGUUUCCCGCACUGCUUCGGUGCGAUCGACUGUACACACAUCUACAUUGACAAGCCCGUCGGCGCACCUUCGGACAACUACUACGACCGCAAACAAAAGUUCUCCGUGCAGGCACAGGUGGUGGUGGAUUUGGAUCUGCGGAUCCUCGACGUCCACAUCGGAUACCCGGGAAGUGUGCACGAUGUCCUUGUCCUGUACAAUUCCCAGUUGUGGAGGCGUGCAGAAGCCGGCGAGCUGUUCGACGCACCUCCGGAGAAUCUGCCGCACGGUGUCGUCACGCGAGGUUACCUGCUGGGCGACAACGAUUAUCCAAAUGCCUGUCCAUGGAUCGUGCAGCCGUACGGAGGAAUCGACCAAGAUCCUGAUGAGGAGCGCUUCGACACGCGGCAGAAGGUGGCGCGUGGGUGUGUGGAGAGGGCAUUUGGGCGACUGAAGUGCAUGUGGCGUCUGUUCUUGCGCACCCACAAGACGAACCUAGAGACCUUGCCACAACAAUUCGUGGCCAUCUGCACUCUCCACAACAUCCUCCUCGACGCGGGCAUUGACUUCGAUGAGAACCUUUUGUGGGAGGUGGAUGAGAACGGCAUUCGGCGUAGAGUAGACUUGGCCAUUGUGGGGAACGGCGCGGGCGGGCAGCGACGGAGCACGAACGUGGACAGGGAGUUGUUGCGGGAUGCACUUCGAGACCGCCUAGCUCUGAUGUAGGACCGUGCGAACGGGAGGUGGAGGGGAAGAGGGGGGGGGAGGGAGGAAAACACAACAUUAUUCCUUAUAUGGCAUGAUUGAAGGGUAUUCUGUCAAAAAAAAAAAUAAUAAUAAUAAAUAAUAAAAAAGAGA